UCGCACAUGUUGCUUGCCUAGGCGUGGGGCGAUGCGAGGGGCGUCGCUAGGAUGUCUGCCCCACAAAUUGACUGCGGCUGCAGGCGAGCAACGAACAGCGAAGCGGAAGAGAAGGAGGCAAAAGGAAAAGAGGCAUCGUGCUAAGCGGCGGGCGCUACUCGAACAUGGCGCCUCGGAUAUAGUUGUAGCUUCAUGUAGCAGGCGACAUCCAUGUGCCUCAUGCCUUGGAAAUCUAAGGCUCUCAUCGUUGGCCGCAUAGACAAUGACAGAAGAUUCCGACUCGAUAUCUGAGGAAGAACGCAGUUUGUUCCGUCCCUUUACCCGCGAAUCAUUGGUGCAAAUUGAACAACGCAUUGCCGCUGAACAUGAAAAGCAAAAGGAGCUGGAAAGAAAGAGAGCCGAGGGAGAGGUGCCGCAAUAUGGUCGCAAGAAAAAACAAAAAGAAAUCCGAUAUGAUGACGAGGACGAGGAUGAAGGUCCACAACCGGAUCCUACACUUGAACAGGGUGUGCCAAUACCUGUUCGAUUGCAGGGCAGCUUCCCGCCGGAAUUGGCCUCCACUCCUCUCGAGGAUAUCGAUCCAUACUACAGCAAUGUACUGACAUUCGUAGUUGUAAGCAAGGGAAAAGAUAUUUUUCGCUUUUCUGCAUCAAAAGCAAUGUGGCUGCUCGAUCCAUUCAAUCCGAUACGUCGUGUGGCCAUUUACAUUUUAGUGCAUCCAUUAUUUUCGUUAUUUAUCAUUACCACCAUUCUCGUGAACUGCAUUUUGAUGAUAAUGCCGACAACGCCCACGGUCGAGUCCACUGAGGUGAUAUUCACCGGAAUCUACACAUUUGAAUCAGCUGUUAAAGUGAUGGCACGAGGUUUCAUUUUAUGCCCGUUUACGUAUCUUAGAGAUGCAUGGAAUUGGCUGGACUUCGUAGUAAUAGCUUUAGCUUAUGUGACCAUGGGUAUAGAUUUAGGUAAUCUUGCAGCCUUGCGAACGUUUAGGGUGCUGCGUGCGCUUAAGACCGUAGCCAUUGUUCCAGGCCUGAAAACCAUUGUCGGCGCCGUCAUUGAGUCUGUGAAAAAUCUGCGCGAUGUGAUAAUUUUGACAAUGUUCUCCCUCUCGGUGUUCGCACUGAUGGGUCUGCAAAUCUAUAUGGGCGUGCUGACACAGAAAUGCAUCAAGAAGUUCCCCCUCGAUGGCUCCUGGGGCAAUCUGACCGAUGAGAAUUGGGACUAUCACAAUCGCAAUAGCACCAAUUGGUAUUCCGAAGACGAGGGCAUAUCGUUUCCACUGUGCGGCAACAUUUCUGGCGCCGGACAAUGCGAUGACGACUAUGUGUGUCUGCAGGGGUUUGGACCGAAUCCAAACUAUGGCUAUACCAGUUUCGAUUCCUUUGGCUGGGCUUUUCUGUCUGCUUUCCGCUUGAUGACGCAGGACUUUUGGGAGGAUCUGUAUCAGCUGGUGUUGCGCGCCGCUGGACCAUGGCACAUGCUGUUCUUUAUAGUCAUCAUCUUCCUAGGUUCAUUCUAUCUUGUGAAUUUGAUUUUGGCCAUUGUUGCCAUGUCAUAUGACGAAUUGCAAAAGAAGGCCGAAGAAGAAGAGGCUGCCGAAGAGGAGGCGAUACGUGAGGCAGAAGAGGCGGCCGCUGCGAAAGCGGCCAAGCUGGAGGAGCGGGCCAAUGCCCAGGCGCAGGCGGCAGCCGAUGCAGCUGCCGCCGAGGAGGCGGCAUUGCAUCCCGAAAUGGCAAAGAGUCCAACGUACUCGUGCAUCAGCUACGAGCUGUUCGUGGGCGGUGAGAAGGGCAACGAUGACAACAACAAGGAGAAGAUGUCCAUACGUAGCGUCGAAGUGGAGUCGGAGUCGGUGAGCGUUAUACAAAGACAACCAGCACCUACCACAGCACACCAAGCUACCAAAGUUCGUAAAGUGAGCACGACAUCCUUAUCCUUACCUGGUUCACCGUUUAACAUACGCAGGGGAUCACGUAGUUCUCACAAGUACACGAUACGCAAUGGACGUGGCCGUUUCGGAAUACCCGGCAGCGAUCGCAAACCGCUCGUAUUGUCAACAUAUCAGGAUGCACAGCAGCACUUGCCCUAUGCCGAUGACUCGAACGCCGUGACGCCCAUGUCUGAGGAGAAUGGGGCCAUCAUAGUGCCAGUUUAUUAUGGCAAUCUAGGCUCUAGACACUCAUCAUAUACCUCACACCAAUCCCGUAUAUCGUAUACCUCACAUGGCGAUCUGCUCGGGGGCAUGGCCGUCAUGGGCGUCAGCACAAUGACCAAGGAGAGCAAGUUGCGGAAUCGCAAUACACGCAAUCAAUCAGUGGGCGCCACAAAUGGCGGCACCACCUGCCUGGACACCAAUCACAAGGUCGAGCAUCGCGAUUACGAAAUCGGCCUCGAGUGCACGGACGAAGCGGGCAAGAUCAAACAUCACGACAAUCCUUUUAUUGAGCCCGUCCAGACACAAACGGUGGUCGACAUGAAAGAUGUUAUGGUCCUGAACGAUAUUAUUGAGCAAGCCGCUGGUCGGCAUAGUCGAGCUAGUGAUCGCGGUGUCUCCGUUUACUAUUUCCCAACAGAGGACGACGACGAGGAUGGGCCGACAUUCAAAGACAAGGCACUCGAAGUGAUACUCAAGGGCAUCGAUGUGUUUUGUGUGUGGGACUGCUGCUGGGUUUGGUUGAAAUUUCAGGAAUGGGUCUCGCUAAUCGUCUUCGAUCCCUUCGUUGAGCUCUUCAUCACGCUGUGCAUCGUUGUCAACACCAUGUUCAUGGCCAUGGAUCAUCACGACAUGAACAAGGAAAUGGAACGUGUGCUCAAGAGCGGCAACUAUUUCUUCACUGCAACGUUUGCGAUUGAGGCAACCAUGAAGCUGAUGGCCAUGAGUCCCAAAUACUAUUUCCAAGAGGGCUGGAACAUCUUCGAUUUCAUCAUUGUCGCCCUCUCACUGCUCGAGCUGGGCCUCGAGGGCGUCCAGGGUCUGUCCGUGUUGCGUUCUUUUCGUUUGCUGCGUGUAUUCAAAUUGGCCAAAUCAUGGCCAACGUUAAAUUUACUCAUAUCGAUUAUGGGUCGCACUGUCGGCGCUCUGGGCAAUCUGACCUUCGUCUUAUGCAUUAUAAUCUUCAUAUUUGCUGUAAUGGGCAUGCAGCUGUUUGGCAAAAACUACACAGAUCAUAAAGAUCGUUUUCCGGAUGGCGAUCUGCCGCGCUGGAACUUCACCGACUUCAUGCACAGCUUCAUGAUCGUGUUCCGAGUACUGUGCGGCGAAUGGAUCGAGUCCAUGUGGGAUUGCAUGUACGUGGGCGAUGUCUCCUGUAUACCAUUCUUCUUGGCCACCGUUGUCAUCGGCAAUCUUGUGGUUCUUAACCUUUUCUUAGCCUUGCUUUUGUCAAAUUUUGGCUCAUCUAGUUUAUCAGCACCGACUGCCGACAAUGAUACGAACAAAAUAGCCGAGGCCUUUAAUCGAAUUGGCCGUUUUAAAAGUUGGGUUAAGCGUAAUAUUGCUGAUUGUUUCAAGUUAAUACGUAACAAAUUGACAAAUCAAAUAAGUGAUCAACCAUCAGGUGAGAGGACCAACCAGAUCAGUUGGAUUUGGAGCGAAGAGCAUGGUGACAACGAGCUGGAGCUGGGACACGACGAGAUCCUCGCCGAUGGCCUCAUCAAGAAGGGCAUCAAGGAGCAAACACAGCUGGAGGUUGCCAUCGGUGAUGGCAUGGAGUUUACGAUACACGGCGACAUGAAAAACAACAAACCGAAGAAAUCGAAAUAUCUAAAUAAUGCAACGAUGAUUGGCAACUCAAUUAACCACCAAGACAAUAGACUGGAACACGAGCUAAACCAUAGAGGUUUGUCCUUACAGGACGACGACACUGCCAGCAUUAACUCAUAUGGUAGCCAUAAGAAUCGACCAUUCAAGGACGAGAGCCACAAGGGCAGCGCCGAAACGAUGGAAGGCGAGGAGAAGCGUGACGCCAGUAAAGAGGAUUUAGGUCUCGACGAGGAGCUCGACGAGGAGGGCGAAUGCGAGGAGGGCCCGCUCGACGGUGAUAUCAUAAUACAUGCUAACGACGAGGAUAUACUUGACGAGUAUCCAGCUGAUUGCUGCCCCGAUUCGUACUAUAAGAAAUUUCCAAUCUUAGCCGGUGACGAAGAUUCGCCGUUCUGGCAAGGAUGGGGCAAUUUACGACUGAAAACUUUUCAAUUAAUUGAAAAUAAAUAUUUUGAAACAGCUGUUAUCACUAUGAUUUUAAUGAGUAGCUUAGCUUUGGCUUUAGAAGAUGUACAUCUGCCACAAAGGCCCAUACUGCAGGAUAUUUUAUACUAUAUGGACAGAAUAUUUACGGUGAUAUUCUUCUUGGAGAUGUUAAUCAAGUGGUUGGCCCUCGGCUUCAAAGUGUACUUCACGAACGCGUGGUGCUGGCUUGAUUUCGUCAUUGUCAUGGUAUCGCUUAUCAACUUCGUUGCUUCACUUGUUGGAGCUGGUGGUAUUCAAGCCUUCAAGACUAUGCGAACGUUAAGAGCACUGAGACCACUACGUGCCAUGUCCCGUAUGCAGGGCAUGCGGGUCGUCGUUAAUGCGCUGGUACAAGCUAUACCGUCCAUCUUCAAUGUGCUAUUGGUGUGUCUAAUAUUUUGGCUAAUUUUUGCCAUAAUGGGUGUACAGCUUUUUGCUGGAAAAUAUUUUAAGUGCGAAGACACUAAUGGAACGAAGCUCAGCCAUGAGAUCAUACCAAAUCGCAAUGCAUGCGAAAGCGAAAACUACACGUGGGUGAAUUCAGCAAUGAAUUUCGAUCAUGUAGGUAACGCGUAUCUGUGCCUUUUCCAAGUGGCCACCUUCAAAGGCUGGAUACAAAUAAUGAACGAUGCAAUCGAUUCACGAGAGGUGGACAAGCAGCCGAUUCGUGAAACGAACAUCUACAUGUAUUUAUAUUUCGUGUUCUUCAUCAUAUUUGGAUCAUUUUUCACACUCAAUCUGUUCAUUGGUGUUAUCAUUGAUAAUUUUAAUGAGCAAAAGAAAAAAGCAGGUGGAUCAUUAGAAAUGUUCAUGACAGAAGAUCAGAAAAAGUACUAUAAUGCUAUGAAAAAGAUGGGCUCUAAAAAACCAUUAAAAGCCAUUCCAAGACCAAGGUGGCGUCCACAAGCAAUAGUCUUUGAAAUAGUAACCGAUAAGAAAUUCGAUAUAAUCAUUAUGUUAUUCAUUGGUCUAAACAUGUUCACCAUGACACUCGAUCGUUACGAUGCGUCAGACACGUACAACGCGGUCCUUGACUAUCUCAAUGCGAUAUUCGUAGUUAUUUUCAGUUCCGAAUGUCUAUUAAAAAUAUUCGCUUUACGAUAUCACUAUUUUAUUGAGCCAUGGAAUUUAUUUGAUGUAGUAGUUGUCAUUUUAUCCAUCUUAGGUCUCGUACUUAGCGAUAUUAUCGAAAAAUACUUCGUCUCACCGACGCUGCUCCGUGUGGUGCGCGUGGCGAAAGUGGGUCGUGUGCUGCGUCUGGUCAAAGGCGCCAAGGGCAUACGAACUCUGCUGUUCGCGCUGGCGAUGUCGCUGCCGGCAUUGUUCAACAUUUGCCUGCUGCUCUUCCUCGUGAUGUUCAUCUUUGCGAUCUUCGGCAUGUCGUUCUUCAUGCACGUGAAGGAGAAGAGCGGCAUCAACGAUGUCUACAACUUCAAGACGUUUGGCCAGAGCAUGAUUCUGCUCUUUCAGAUGUCCACCUCAGCCGGUUGGGAUGGUGUACUCGACGCCAUUAUCAAUGAGGAAGCAUGCGAUCCACCCGACAACGACAAAGGCUAUCCGGGCAAUUGUGGUUCAGCGACCGUUGGAAUAACGUUUCUCCUCUCAUAUCUAGUUAUAAGCUUUUUGAUAGUUAUUAAUAUGUACAUUGCUGUCAUUCUUGAGAACUAUAGUCAGGCCACCGAGGAUGUGCAAGAGGGUCUCACCGACGACGAUUACGAUAUGUACUAUGAGAUCUGGCAGCAAUUCGAUCCCGAGGGCACACAAUACAUACGCUACGAUCAGUUGAGCGAAUUCUUGGAUGUGCUCGAGCCCCCGCUGCAGAUCCACAAGCCCAACAAGUACAAAAUCAUAUCGAUGGACAUACCCAUCUGUCGCGGUGAUCUCAUGUACUGCGUCGACAUACUCGACGCACUCACCAAAGACUUUUUCGCGCGCAAAGGCAAUCCCAUCGAGGAGACGGGCGAGAUCGGUGAAAUUGCCGCCCGACCCGACACCGAGGGCUACGAGCCCGUAUCCUCGACCCUCUGGCGCCAGCGAGAGGAGUACUGUGCCCGUCUCAUCCAGCAUGCGUGGCGCAAGCACAAGACGCGAGCCGAAGGCGGCGGCGGCGGUGGCGGUGGUGGCGAUGAUGCUGACCCCGAUGGCGAUGCACCUGAUGGUGAAGGAGGUGGAGGAGAAGAUGGCGCAGGAGGGGAUGCCACCAUCAAUGGUGAUGGUGAUCCCGGUGAUGGUGCUGCUGCUGCCAAUGGUAACGGCGGUGGCGGUGGCGAAGGUGAUGAGAAUGCCGCCCACGAUGGGGGCGGAGGUGUUUACAAUGAUGAUCCAGAUGCCGCUGGCGAUGCGGCAGCAGCAGCAAUCGAUGCCGCCGCUGGCGAUGAGCCCCAGAAGAGCAAUGUAAAUAGUCCAACGGAAGGUGGCGGCGGCAGUGGCGGCGGUGGCGGCAGUCCCGGUGGCCAGAGCGCCGGCAGUGGCGGCAGCGCCGGUCGCCAGACGGCCGUUCUCGUCGAGAGCGAUGGUUUUGUGACAAAAAACGGCCACAAGGUUGUAAUACACUCGCGAUCGCCGAGCAUAACAUCGCGCACGGCAGAUGUCUGAGCCAGGCCUCGCCCCCCCCUCCAAGACGCACGCGAGUAUUAGGAGCAGCAUCAGCGGACAACAGCAACAUCAACAGCAGCAGCAACAACAGCAACUGAUGUCGGCUGACAGCGGCUACAAAGAAAACAGCGAACAACAACAGCAGCAUAACAAACAACAGUGAGCAACAGGUACAGCGAACAACAACAGCAAACAAGCAUAAUUUUCUGCUAUAGAUAACAAAAUACAAAAACAAACAAAUAUAACAAACAACAA